CUCGGAGACCAGAAUCAAUCUCCAUCCGUCAGCGGCGCCGGAGAGCCGAGGAGCCGCGGCCCGUUUUCACUUUUCUGCCCUGAAAUGUUGUUUUUGUAGCUUCAGCCAGGAACAAGCGGAGCUGCUUUCCGUCUGCCAGACAUCAGCAGAAAGUUUCCUCCAUGUGGAUAUUUCCCCUCAAACUCUGGAUCUCAUUUGUUUGACGUUUAACAGGAAUUUUAAAUAAGGAGCCAGAAGAAGAGCACCGGGACCCGCACCUGUCCUUCCAGACUCCGGUCUCCACUCCGAGCCUCUAGCAUGAUGGCUUAUCUCAAACAGAGCCCGUACGGGAUGAACGGACUGGGCCUGAGCGGAGCCGCCAUGGACCUGCUGCACCCGUCCGUGGGUUACCCAGCCAACCCGCGGAAGCAGCGCCGGGAGCGGACCACCUUCACCCGGACGCAGCUGGACAUUCUGGAGUCGCUGUUCGCCAAGACGCGCUACCCGGACAUCUUCAUGAGGGAGGAGGUGGCGCUGAAAAUCAACCUGCCGGAGUCCAGAGUGCAGGUCUGGUUUAAGAACAGACGGGCCAAAUGUCGGCAGCAGCAGCAGAGCAGCAACAGCGCCAAGGUGAAGCCAAUGAAGAAGAAGUCGUCUCCAACCAGAGAGAGCACCGGUUCAGAGAGCAGCGGUCAGUUCACCCCACCGGUGGUGUCCAGCUCCUCCUCCUCCACCUCUUCCUCUUCAUCCUCCUCCUCCUCCUCCGUGUCCUCUGGUCUCAGUGGAUCUGGUCUGAUCAGCACCUCUACCUCCGUCACUGCUCCGGUGUCGUCCAUCUGGAGCCCGGCUCCCAUCUCCCCGGCCCCGGCUCCGGCCGCUCUGCCCGACCCGGCCGCCCCCACCAGCGCCUCCUGCAUGCAGCGCUCCGUGUCCUCCUCGGCCACCGGAGGCACCCCCUCCUACCCGGUGUCCUACAGCCAGACGGCAGCAGCCUACAGCCAGGGCUACCCGGCCUCAGCGUCAGGCUCUUACUUUGGCGGGGUGGAGUGCGGCUCAUACCUGGCACCCAUGCACUCCCACCACCACCCACACCACCCGCACCAGCUCAGCCCCAUGACUGGCAGCUCUAUGUCGGGACACCCGCACCACCACAUCGGCCAGACGUCAGGCCACCACCACCACCACCACCACCACCCACCCCACCACCACCAGGCGUACAGCGCUCCCGGCCUCGCCUUCAACUCCACAGACUGUCUGGAUUACAAAGAGCAGACGGCGGCGGCUUCGGCCUGGAAACUCAACUUCAACCCCUCCGACUGUUUGGACUACAAAGAUCAGGCCUCAUGGCGUUUCCCAGUGCUGUGACUUCCUGUGUUUCUCUUCUUCUCUGCUUUUAAAGAAGUAUUCUUUUUGUUGUUGGUGGUUUAUUUUUGAAGAUCCUUUAAACUAAUAGUAGAGACGUUUGUUUUUUUUUUAAAAAAAUAACUAUUUGUGAAUGAACUGAAACGACGCACAGACAUGUGAAGCCUGAGCAGCAGGCCUCCAGCUCAGCUCUGGUUAUCAGUGGAACCACUCAUCCAGGAUUAUUUUUCUACUCCAGAACUCAAGAGAAGCUGACCCAUUUACAACUUCUGAAGGCCUUUCAUAGUAAAGCUCACUGGAACGUCUGGGAUCGCCUCAGUGAUUAUUCUUCAUAAGAUAAAAACAUCAACUUUGACAGAAACAAGAUGAAAUAAUCAGUUAUUAGACUCUUGAGCUGACUUUUUUUUCAAACACAGGAUGCUGCUAUGAUUUUCAGGUUGCUGGUGUUCACUUCUAUUUGAUUUCCGGCUUGAAUCUUGUUCAGAAACUCAUCGUCCAGCCUGUGGGUGUUGUAUUUUGGAGACUGAAUUGCGGCACUUGUUUAUAAGGUGAAAGAUUUUGCUAUUUGUUGUUUGCGGAGGAAAUAAAAUAAAAAUGUGAAUUAGACACGCAAUGUCAGUAUUCCAUUGAAAUUUGAAAGAUGUACAUUCGUGUCUUUAUAAUAAAGUCUUGUUAAAACAUGA